UGCUGUUCUGUGACACAUUUCCCAUAUUGCUGCUACUGCUGCCAUUUUGUGCCCCCAUCCUCUCCCCCCACCCCCAUGCGCCUGCUUCAUGAGUACACCCUGAACACGAAUGGAGAAAACAAUCUACUGCAAGCCAUCUGAAGCCAUUUCUACAAAUUGGAGGCCUACAAGAUUAAAUGGGUCCAGUAACAGGAAUGACUCCGGAUAAGAAAGCUGAAACACCAGUAGAGAAAGCAGCAGGUCUAAGGCAUAUCCAAAGAAUGGGAAGCUUGCCGGAGGCAGGUGAUGCUGCUCGACCAAAGGCCACAGCUGUGGAUAGUGAAGUUGCGGACGAUGAGCUCACCAACUUGAACUGGCUGCAUGAAAACAGUAAUCUCCUAACGAACUUCAGCCUGGGAAGUGAAGGUCUUCCAGUUGUUAGUCCUCUGUAUGAUAUUGAAGGGGAUAAUGUGCCAACAUAUUCAUCCUCCUGCUAUUCUAAUCCCAAGAAGAAAUCUGCCACAUCUAAGCCCCCAUAUUCUUUUAGCCUUCUUAUAUACAUGGCAAUUGAACAUUCACCUAAUAAAAGCCUCCCAGUGAAAGAAAUUUACAGCUGGAUUCUGGAACGCUUCCCAUACUUUGCUACGGCUCCCACUGGCUGGAAGAACUCCGUCCGGCAUAAUCUUUCUCUGAAUAAGUGUUUCCGAAAGGUGGAGAGAAGCCAUGGCAAGGUGAACGGAAAAGGUUCAUUGUGGUGUGUUGAUCCAGAAUACAAACCAAACCUUGUACAGGCUCUGAAGAAGCAACCAUUUCCCUCCACAUUUGCAUUUUAUACCCCACCAGCAUCACCACUAAGUGGUUCAUCAUCUCCUUGCUAUUUAACCUCAGUUCGGAAACAAUGUCAGGGACGAUCUAUCAAAGAUUCAGAUAUCGAUGCUGCUACUGCCAUGAUGCUCUUGAAUACUUCCAUUGAACAAGACAUUUUAGAUUGUGAAAAGCCACCAUCCCUCAAGCUCUCCAAGAAAAGGAAAUAUGGUAGCACAUUCCAUAACCACACCCAAGAAGAGAGUGAUCCAGCAGUCCCUAACAUUGACCCCAAGGAGGACCACAAUUACAGCGCCAGCAGUGUGGCUGCACAGCGUUGUUCAUCGCUCUCUAGCAUGUCUUCCCUGUCCUCUGUCGAUGAUGUAUACAAAUUUGUCUCAGAGGCCACCCGGACAGGGAGUGACGGCAGUGAAGGAUUUCAGAGUGAAGUGGACACAGAUGACAAUGAAGAUGACGAUGACUCUCUGGCAGACAGUGGUUAUACCUCACAGCCAUGUGUCAGUAUCACAGAUGAGGCCCAGCCUCAUCAGAAGGUCCUGGAGGAACUCUGCCAAGAAAUUGAUGACGAACUCAAAGAGGCGGCUGGGUCUCUUCUUCAUCUUGCUGGGAUCAGCACUUGUCUUGGCUCACUAAUAAGUACUGCUAAGAGCCAUACCCAGAAGAGAAGGAAAAAAAAUGAUAACACAGUGUGAAGAUAAUUGAUCUAUCUAUCUAUCUAUCAAUAUCUAUAUACAUGUUUUAUUUUUUAGGCUGGCAAUAUUCCUCCUUUUACCCUUUGCAAGGGAGAUCAAAGCCAUAAAAGGACUUUUUGUUUGUUCUUAAUUUUUGCAGAUUAUAAUUUUGCCAUUUAUAAAAUUUUGUUUUUAUUUUUAAUGAUAAGAGCAAUUAAUUUGUGCAUUGAAGGGCCAAUGGAAAUUGUGUGAAAUGGAUGAGGAAGUUUCAAUAAUUGUAAAGAAAUGGAAUAUUAUUAUCAUUGGAAUGUUUGAUUCACAUGGAUAUCAUCGUCUGGGUCAUUUUGUGCUAAAGGUGUGGCAUUUAGGGUGAAAACAGAAAAUUGGAGGAAUCAAUUGACCUAUUCACAAAGGAUUCUUUUUAAAAAUGUGUAUAUUGUGGAGAAGAGAAUUGCUUGCCGUUUUCCAAUAUGCCUCUUCAGUUUUUAGGCCUACCAGAUUUGUGUAUGUUGUACCUUUGAAUAAGAGGCUAGGUGCAAAGAAUUUGAUCACACUAAGGAAAAGAUCUCUGUCUUUCUAGUUCUGAAGGUCAGAUACUGAGUGAAUGAAAUAUAUUUCAUUUAUGCAAAAGAGGUGUAAAUUAUAUGAUUCUUAGCCCUCAGAAUGAGGGGAUAAAAAUUAAGCAAACAAUACAUCUAUAUGCCUAAUUCCCAGUUGGUGCUUGAAUCUGGUAGUCCUAAAAGUAUAGAGGUCCAUCUGAAAUUGGGCAACUAAGCAGAUAAUGUCCCCAUUUCUUAUUGCUUAUGGGGUCCACAGUGUCUCCAUUUUUUUUAGCAAUAUAGAAUGCAAAGCAAGACAGUAGACAUGUUUUUAUAGCCUUUAGCUCUAGCUUCCAUUGUUAACUGAUUUCCUCAACUUACAAGCCAAGAGUCUGUAAUUACAUGAAUGGUAUAAAACUGCCACGAUAAUCAGUUGCAGGUUGACUGGUGUUUGCAAUUAUAAAAUUGAUGGGUAGGGAAGAGAUACAACAGGUGAAUCUUCCUAUUUUUGAGAGUGGGAUCUUGAAUGGGUAAUUAGAAUUUUCUUCUUUUUUUAACACAAGGGAAGGAGCUGGUUCUUUCCCUUGUGUUUGUGUUAAUUGUAAUUAUUAUAUAUUGGAUCAAUGGUAUAUACAUCUGUUUGCAAAUCCAAGGCCCUUCUUUCUGUCUUGAUAUCUAAAUUAUGUGCAAAAAGAGUGAUUGCUCAAUUGCAAAUGACCAUUGCACAGAGAACUUCAAUUUUGUUUAGGUUAAGGUCGCUGAUACUUGACUAGUUCUUCAUAAGCUAAGAGUUGUCUUGGGGGCUCUAGCACAUCACCUCACAGACCAUAAUGGAAUUAUAUUCCAUAUGCAACAGAAAUAAGUGCAUUGAAAAGUCAUUGUUGGCUGAACAAUUGUAGACUAAUCUUCUCCCCGAUUCUUUAUGAGUAAAGCGUUUAAAAAUUAUCAUGGGAUGAUCAUGAGAGAUGAUUCUUCUUCUUUUUUUGCAGCAGUAUAGUUCAGCUGUGUAUCACCUGAGUGAGAACAAGGGCUUUCAGUGGCAGCUCUCUAACCGACUACUUCCUAGCCUACCCUGCAGUUUGCAGUUUUGCUUUGUUUAACUCAGCAUUCCUAAAAACAACAGAGGAAGCUUCGAGAUAGAUACUGUCCACUCCUGACAGCCUCCAUUUUUCUUGGAGAUGGGAGGGAUUUUGUUUGUUUUAUAUCUAUUAUUUCAGCAAUAAUAUAAUCUCCCAUGUUGAAUUCUGAGAUAAGUCCAGAUGCAGCGUGACAGUUGCACAGAACAUAAUAUUUACAAUGCCUGGACCAUGUAACAUGAGAAUUACCUGUUUCUGUGCACUGUAUUGGGGAAUUCAAAUUCUGGAAGAGUGAAUCCAGAUGUCAUUUAUUUGUGUAUCCCAGCUGUCUAAAAUUGUGGACUUCUGUCUCUCCUGGGCAUUUAUUCAGAAACAGUUGUGCAUCUUCUCAAUUCUGGAGGCCAUAAGAGAGGACAUAGGGCUACUAACGCUGCUGUGUUGAUUGGAUGCUAAUACACAGUUGGAAUGGGGGCAGUUAUUUGCCUGUGGGACAGUUAGUCUGAAGUACAGGGCCAAACUGUAUCAUCUUUUUUUUUUGUUACCAUCAGCCACAUUGAUGGGUUUGGAGUCAUGCGGCAGGCGUUCCUGGUUGGAACAAACAGCACUGAAAACAAUGAGCUUAACUCAGAAAAACAGGACGCUCCAAGCUGGCACAACCGUCUUUGGCUGCAAUCCAUUAAUGCAAUUCCAUUACUUUUCAGUGGUCACUUGCAAAAAAAAAUGUUUGCAUGCUACAGGCUGGGGCUGUUGUGUUCUGUGAAUGUCUUGAAUGUUGCAUAAUGAUCAAAGCAUAACUUGUUUGGAAAGCAGCUUGACAAAUGGCAUUUCAUCCGCACAUUUUUUAUGCUGUGAGAAUGAAAGGGAAGAGAGUCCAUUAGUGGCCCUUUAAGCAAACCUGCCUGUUAUCUCUGCAUUUUGCAUUCUUGUGAGUUGUACAUUACAUUUCUACUGAUGACAUAGAGCUGCUUUGAUAAAAGUGUCAAAGGUGUAAAUGUCUGGGACUUAACUUCACUGCCUGUUCUUGCAUACUGUCUCUUUAUAUCUGCUGAAAACUCUCACUGUAAUUUUUGUCCAGUGUUCUGUAGGAGUUCAAUGCCUUAGCCAGGUUCCAGUGAUCCUAACUGGACUGAUUAUAAGAGCUCCAGAAUUAAGAGGAGCGAUUCCCCCCUUGAGGUUUCUUGCAGGCUUGUGUAGAGUUUUAGAUUCAAAGGCAAAAUGGUCCUUUAGAGCUUAUGGGGAAAAUAACUUAGCACCUAUCUACAAUCCCUUAAAUCACACUUAUCAUUUCCUGAGAUUUCCCAGCAACUGACAGGUAUUUUGAGCUAGGAAAAAAAAGCAGAGAGGUGUAGUGUUCAUACCCCAUAUGCUGCAAUGUGCUUUUUUGCCUUAGAAUGCAAAGCACUGCACAGCCCUACUUUGUUGAAUGCUGCUACUGUUACAGCUUCCCUUAAUUUGGCAACAUCCAGCUGUAGUGUAACUGCAAGUCACAGAAUUCCCAUGAACAAUGGAAAUUUUGAGAUUUGCAGUCCCAGCACACCCAGGACAGUGCUAUUAGAAUAAUAUCAGCAGAGAUUCUCCUGGUGUAGGCCUUAAGUUUGUAAGAAAUUAUGUAGUUUUUAGUAUUUCAGAAUAAAUUUUUUGUUAAAAUGAUAGCAACCUAUAAGUGAGUCAACCUUGUAAUCACAUUGUUAUUUUAUAGACAGAAACAAAAAUCUAAUGCAUGGAUGUUUGCACGCUCACCUGUUUGUAGACAACUUUCUUUGAUGUCAAGUUUAAACACAAAUGGUGCUCAUUCUGUAUAUUGCCUGCUUCAGCUCUUCAAUCCAGAAAUUCUCAUGGAUUGGUGAAAAACUGCCUGCUUGCCAGAAUCGCUUUUGAAAUAACCUGCUGAUUAGGUUUUGCUAAGGAAGGAGUUAUGUAGGGGUCUACUUCCAACUCUGAUAGAUUUUGUAUAACUUCCUGUUUUCUAAUUUCAUUAAUCAAUAAUGCGAGUUCCACCACAGCAUAGCGAUUGAGAAUUGGAAAAAGACCUAUGGAUUAAAAGUUGCUUUCAAUAUAUUGUUUUUAUUUGCUGUCAAAUAAUAUUUGCCCCUCUUUGAAUAGGGUCUUCCAUUGUAUGACUGCUACAAAAUAUAACUCACAGUGUUAUUAGGUUUUACUUUUGUAAGAGAGCAUGUGGAAGUCUAGAAUGCCCUGCAAACAUGCUAAGUCGAGGUUAUUUAAGACUCUUUGAGAAGAGUCUUAAAUAACUGCUUGAGAAGUAUGAUAUUUUCUGCCAAAAGGUACCUAAGUUAAAUAAAAGAAGCAGUCAAUAAAUAGAAAGUGAAAUACUGUAUAAUUGCUUAGUAAUUAGGUCGUUACUGGGUAGAAUUGAUUCACAAAAAUCUCACCUUAGAAAUCAUGGGAAUUGAAGACUUUUAGGUCAAUUCAUAGAAAGCAAAAUUCUCAUCUGACCUUUUGAAUGGUUCUAGUCAUAUAUCCUUCCUAUGAAAUGGGGUUUUUGUGGUAACGUGGAUAAGUGAAGAAUAUUGUACUAUAUACAUGAUCCAGAGCACCUAAGCAUGGGGAUUUAAUAUAAAGUCACCAUUCACAAAUUUAUAAGCAAGCCUGUAUAUUAAUUGCCGAGGCACAUUUUAAGUCCUGUAUGUUGUGCAGAGAUGUCCCAUUUAACAUUUGUCCAAAAUGUGUGUUUAAUAACUUGCGUGAUGUGAAAUUUGUUUCCAUAGCAAUGCAGGUAAUAUGGUUAUAAAGAAAUGUGUUUCUUUGGGUCUUAUCUCUUGAAAGUUGAGAAGAGUUGAGUUCAGUUCUCAAUACACAUUGGCCAGAUUUUCAUUCUUGAGGCUACUUUCCCUAAGAGCUCCUUUGCUCAGGUUUGUCGUCUUACAUUUGACCUGUUAAAAGUCUGUUUUCAGUCUCUUUUCUCCAGACAAAAGUUGAUGUGUACACAAUUGUUUUUCAUGUCCUCCCAUUACGAAAAAGUCUAUUGUCACCUCUAUGAUAUAAAAUGUAUAGUGAUUAUUAACAUUGGUAGCACUUUCCCUGUUGGUCUUCAAGUCCAAAGGCAGAGCAAUAAAAGCAUUUGGUGAGAACAGAUGCUUCAGAAAGCCCAGAUUUAAAGAGCUACGAUUGUAGAUGCUUGCAAUCUUAGUUACCUUACAUAGCAUGACUUUGGGAAAUCCUCUGAUUGUAUAAUUUCUGCCUAUAAAUGGGAAGUAAUAUAUGUGCAGCUAGCAAAUAGCAUAUUGGAGAGAGGUUUAGAUUUUUCCUCCUUAUAUGCUUGUUUACUAUAUGCAUGGUGCUUUCUGAGUUGCAAAAAUAUGAUAUCUUGCCCCACCUCCCAUUUUGAAGAGAUCCCAAGCAGGGAUUUUACAUACGUACUUUCUCUAGAAUGGGUAGAACAACAUGUUGUAAUACAUUAGAUUUGCUUCAUCUCUAAAUUCAUUGUGGAAAUUCCAUGAAGAAGGGAACUGCCAUAUCCAAGUUCUUGUGGAUAUGGGGAAAAGCUGCAUUAUUAUUCUUUUGCCUUUACUAGCCGUAUUCACAAAAUAUGUGUGUCUUCCUAUAGCCAAAAUUUACACUGAACUUACUGUUCUAAUUUUCAAAGAGAAAUAAGUAUUUUCAUAUCUUUGCAAGGAAGUCCUCAUUUUCUUUGCUUAGGAUUAAGUAGCUCUGGUAUAUCUAAAAUAGUGGUCCCUAGCCUUUGCAGCUUUGGGGGCCUGGCUGGUGGGGGGGACGGGGAUCGCACUGCAUGCACUGUCUGCCACUUGUGUAAGUUGAGCUGCACGUGCUUGCCUGCCGUUCACAAGACCUGGAUGGUGACUCUCAGGUCUAAAACACAUCCAGAUGGUGCUAGUAUAUUAGAUUAGUAAAUGGGAAUGCCUUUAUUGCAAUCAUGCACCUCUCUCCAUUCAGUAAAAUGUGUGCACUCUAGGGUCAGCCCAGAACAAAUGGGAAUGGCCAGGGUUCUGAUCAGCAAGUUAGAGAUCUAUUAUUGUGAAGUAGCUGUGAUAUGGAUGGAGCAUGUAUCCGCACUCUCUGUGGAUGUUCAAUUCAGAACAGUAGUAGAGUUAUCUACUCUUAAGUUUGGUUUCAUGAAAGAAUAAUUCUUGCACGUAGAAAACUAGUAGGCUAGAAUCCUUCCUGAUGCAUUAGCUUCUAAAAGAACCUAUGUUGGGUAUUUGGAAUGACUACAGAUAUAUGAAUGGCUUUAUAAAUUUCAGAAGAAAGGGAAAUAGGAUGAUUUAGCACCAUUGCAUGCAUCUCAGGAUGUGCUAGAUUAGCUGUGCUGGUCCUACAAACUUGUAGUAGUCCUUGUCAGCAUUGCUAUAUCUCUUGGGAG